AUGACGAGCAAGAGACCCUCCAAGAAACAUGCCAAGAAGGGCUCCUUCAAGCCGAAGAAGAAGAACGGAAAGCGCACGUGGACGGCGACCGAGGACUUGAUUGUCAUGCUCACGGACACGAAAACAGCGACAUGGACCGAGGUCGCCAAGCUGUUGCCGGGCCGCGAUCCCCACGACUGCCGUCAACGCUUUCAUAGCCUGCGAGCGGGGAAAAAGGGUCGCUGGAGCGAGCUCGAAGCGGCCUGGCUUUGCUACGCGAUGUACAUCACGCAACACGUGCCCCACCACGGCCGGUGGCUCCUCGUCGCCCGCAUCGUGGGCACUCGGAGCUACAGGCAAGCUGCGUUCAAGUGGGCGGCUAUGGAGGCGAAGGGGACGGCAGUUGUGCUGACGUCGAAGCCGGCCGAGGCAACCGGAGACCAAGAGGCGGCGAUCAACAAAGCGACAAACCUGGACCAAGCACCAACCAUGCCAAUGUUGAUGGCGCCCGACCUGUACACGACGUGGACAGAGGCCACGGACGAGGUCACGGACGAAGACGUCGGUGCAUUUUUGAGCGACGUGCGUUUUGGGGACGACGCGAUGCUUGGUACCGUGGACGCCAGCCGUGUCGUGGCCGCCAACGUGACGACGGACAACUUCUCGAUGUACGAUAUUGGGAUCCAAGUGCCCUGCCCGAUGGAGGAUUUUGCGCUGGCGCCCGUUGCCACUGCCACCGUCGCCAGUGUGAGCGCCGCCGCCGACUGGUUCUGCACCGAGUUUCUGCCCAGCUUCCACGCGCAGCAAGUGUCCUAG